AUGUUCGCCGCUCGAUCCUUCGCCCGCGCCGCGCCCCGCCAGGCACUUGCCCGCGCCCCUGCCCGCGCCGGCCGCCGCAACUACAGCUCCGAGAGCCCCAAGCAAUUUGCCGGAUCCGAGGACAACGAGUUCAACCGCGAGCGUGCCCACAUUGCUCAGCACGCUGCUGAGUCUGGCGAGUUCUGGCGCAAGCUGUCGCUCUACGUUGCCAUCCCCUGCAUCAUCGUCGCCAGUGUCAACGCCAAGGUUAGGUGGGAUGCUCACUGGGAGCACGUAGCCCACGAGGAGCACGAGAACCCCCGCUCGGAGAGGCCCGAGUACGCAUACCAGAACAUCCGUACCAAGAACUACUUCUGGGGAGACGGUGACAAGACCCUCUUCUGGAACGACAAGGUCAACUACCACAAGAAGGACGAGUAA